CUCAAGCGCGACGGGCCCAACGAGCUCCAGGGCGGCGGCGGCGUCUCGCCGUGGAAGAUCCUCGCCGGCCAGGUCUGCAACGCGAUGGUUCUAGUCUUAGUCGCGUGUGCGGUGGUAUCGCUCGCCAUCAAGUCGUGGAUCGAGGGCGGCGUCAUCAUUGCCGUCAUCGCCAUCAACGUCGGCGUGGGCUUCUUCCAAGAAUUCAGCUCCGCCAAGACGAUGGACUCGCUCCGCUCGCUCGCCUCGCCCAACGCUCACGUCAUUCGCGACUCCAAGAUCAUCACGGUCCCGUCGCCGACAGUCGUCGUCGGCGACAUCGUCGAGGUCAAGACGGGCGACACGAUCCCGGCCGACCUGCGCCUGUUCGAGACCGUCAACUUCGAGACCGACGAGGCGCUUCUCACCGGCGAGUCGCUCCCUGUCGCCAAGGACGCCGAGGCGAGCUGGGAGGAGGAGACCAAGGGCGGCAACUUCGACCUUCGCGACGUCGGCGUUGGCGACCGCAUCACCAUGGCCUACUCGUCGAGCACCGUCACCAAGGGCCGCGCCAAGGGCGUCGUCGUCGCGACCGGCAUGAACACGUCCAUCGGCGCUAUCGCCGAGUCGCUUCGCGGCGGCGACUCCAAGGUCCGCAAGGUUCGCCGCAACGAGGACGGCAAGGCGCCGUGGCACCGGUACCCGGCGGCGUGGGCCCUCACGACCUGGGACAUCAUUGGCCAGUUCCUCGGCACCAACGUCGGCACGCCCCUGCAGCGCACCCUGUCGUGGCUCGCCAUCUCGCUCUUCGGCAUCGGUUGCGUCUUUGCGCUGUUCUGCUUCGCCGCCAACGACUUCCAGGGCAAGAACGAGAUCAUCCUGUACGCCAUCGCGACCGCCCUGUCCAUGAUCCCGGCCUCGCUCGUCGUCGUCCUCACCAUCACGCUCGCCGGCGGCACCAAGGCCAUGGUCGCCCGCAAUGUCAUCGUCCGCAAGCUCGACUCGCUCGAGGCCCUCGGCGCCGUCACCGACAUCUGCUCCGACAAGACUGGCACGCUCACGCAGGGCAAGAUGGUCGUUCGCGCGGCCUGGCUCCCCGCUCGUGGCACCAUCUACGUCGGCGAGUCGCCCGAGCCGUUUAACCCGACCAUCGCCGAGCUCUCGCACUCGCCCAUCUCGCCCGCCGAGUCGGCCGCCGCCGCCGACGCCAAGAAGUCGGACGGCGAGACGACCGAGGCCGCCGAGGCGUCGCAGGAGCCCAAGAAGCAGUCGCGCCCGCAGCCCAAGGGCCCGUCCGACCUCCUCAAGGACGGCGGCGAGCCGCUGUCGACGUUCCUCAACGUCGCGAGCAUGUGCAGCACGGCCAAGGUCUUCAAGAAGGACGGCGAGGGCUGGACCGCCCGAGGCGACCCAACCGAGUGCGCCAUCCAGACGCUCGCGCACCGCUUCGACUGGGGCCGCGAGCGCUGGGUCGAGGGUGACUCGCCCGACUGGCACCUCAUGUACGAGGCGCCCUUCGACAGCGACGUCAAGCGCAUGAGCACGCUCUACGUCCGCAAGAGCGACGAGAAGCAGUUCGUCUUCAUGAAGGGCGCUGUCGAGCGCCUCAUCGAGGUGUGCGACACGAUCGAGACGGCCGAGGGCCCCAAGCCGAUCGACGACAAGACGCAGGAGGAGAUCUUCGCCAACGUCGAGGCGCUCGCCGAGCAGGGUCUUCGUGUCCUCGCCCUCGCCGCCAAGCCGUUCGCCGGCCCGUCGACGUCGAACGGCGACUACGACCGCACCGAGCUCGAGAAGGGCAUGACCCUGUUCGGCCUCGUCGGCCUGUACGACCCGCCUCGUCCCGAGACCAAGGGUGCCGUCCGCCAGUGCCACGGCGCCGGCGUCCAGGUCCACAUGCUCACGGGCGACCACGCCGCCACCGCUCGCGCCAUCGCCCUCCAGGUCGGCAUCCUCCCGCGUCAGGUCAACACGAUGAGCAAGGAGGCCGUCGACGCCAUGGUCAUGACGGCCGCCCAGUUCGACCGCCUCUCGGACGACCAGGUCGACGAGCUCCCGAUGCUCCCCCUCGUCAUCGCUCGUUGUGCGCCGCACACCAAGGUCCGCAUGGUCGAGGCGCUUCACCGUCGCAAGGCGUUCGUGGCCAUGACCGGUGACGGCGUCAACGACUCGCCCUCGCUCAAGCGCUCGGACGUCGGCAUCGCCAUGGGCCAGAACGGCUCGGACGUCGCCAAGGACGCGUCCGACAUCGUCCUCGCCGACGACAACUUUGCCUCGAUCCUCGCCGCCGUCGAGGAGGGUCGUCGCAUGUUUACCAACAUCCAGAAGUUCGUCCUGCACCUGCUCGCCGGCAACGUCAUGCAGGCGCUCGUCCUCCUCAUCGGCCUCGCGUUCAAGGACGACGACAACCUGUCGGUCUUCCCGCUCGCGCCCGUUGAGAUCCUGUGGGUCAUCAUGAUCACGUCGUCGUUCCCGGCCAUGGGCCUCGGCGCCGAGAAGGCCGACCCGGACAUCCUCACGCGCAAGCCGCACAACCUCAAGAUGGGCGUCUUUGCUCCCGAGGUCCUCCUCGACAUCCUCGUGUACGGCAUCAUCGGCGCCGCCGUCGACAUUGGCACGUUCGCCGUCAUCGUCUUUGGCUUCGGCGACGGCAACCUCGGCCGAGACUCGAACAACACCAUCAACGGCGACCCGGGCUCGCGCCUCGUCUUCCGCGCCCGCUCGGCGACCUGGGCGACCAUGGUCUUCUGCCUCCUGUUCCUCGCCCUCGAGAUGAUGGACCUGCGUCGCUCGUUCUUCCACAUGGGUCGUCCGGGCACCGAGAAGCGUCCGUACACGCAAUGGGCUCACGACGUCUGGGGCAACCAGUUCCUGUUCUGGAGCGUCGUCAUCGGCUUCCUCAUCACCUUCCCUCUCGUAUAUAUCCCAACUCUAAACACAGUCGUGUUCAAACACGAUUCGUGCUCCUGGGAGUGGAUUGUCGCGUUUGUCGCCACGUUGCUGUUCUGCGGCGCGGUCGAAUUUUGGAAGUUCCUCAAGCGCGCGUGGUACAGAAAACAGCACGCCGCGCACCCGGAGCAAGACGACGGCUUCACCGGGGUCUUCUCUGCGUGGAAGACCAUCGGCGCCGACACGACCCAAGAUCCCGCGCACUUCGCCUGAGCCCUCGUAUCUUCUUCUUCCUCCCUCUCGCGCUCUCUUCCUCCCUCCUCCUCUCCUUGCCCUCUACUCCCGAUGCCCUCCUCGGUCCUCCUCCUCGUACACCCCGCGUCCUCUCUGUGCACCACAUGUUGUACCCCUCCUCGUAGAACGUUGUCUAGCUCCUCGCACGGCCCUCGCAAAGCACUCGUUCGACCUUC